CGCGCGCCUGCGCAGACAAGCGGAGGCUGAAGAGCCCGAGUGCGGAGGCGCUGGCGGUUGUAGCGGUUCCGUUUUGCUGACGGCCCCGGGCUCAGCUGCUGGGCCAAGAUGCCGGCCGUGUCGAAGGGAGACGGGAUGCGGGGCCUGGCGGUCUUCAUCUCCGACAUCAGGAACUGCAAAAGCAAAGAAGCAGAGAUAAAGAGGAUAAACAAAGAACUGGCAAACAUUCGGUCAAAAUUUAAAGGUGACAAGGCUCUGGAUGGCUACAGUAAGAAAAAGUAUGUCUGCAAGCUACUUUUCAUCUUCCUCCUGGGGCAUGAUAUUGACUUUGGCCACAUGGAGGCUGUAAACCUACUAAGUUCUAACAGAUACACAGAGAAACAAAUUGGAUAUCUUUUCAUCUCCGUGCUAGUAAACUCCAACAGUGAGCUGAUCCGCUUGAUAAACAAUGCAAUCAAGAAUGACCUGGCCAGCCGCAACCCCACCUUCAUGGGACUAGCUUUGCAUUGUAUAGCCAAUGUGGGUAGCCGGGAAAUGGCAGAAGCAUUUGCUGGAGAAAUUCCAAAAAUACUUGUAGCUGGCGACACCAUGGAUAGCGUGAAGCAGAGUGCUGCCUUGUGCUUGCUGCGUUUGUACAGAACUUCUCCUGACUUUGUUCCCAUGGGAGAUUGGACAUCCAGGGUGGUGCAUCUUCUCAAUGACCAGCAUUUGGGUGUGGUUACUGCUGCUACUAGUCUUAUCACUACUUUGGCACAGAAGAACCCAGAAGAGUUUAAAACUUCAGUAUCUUUGGCUGUCUCUAGGCUAAGCAGAAUUGUGACAUCUGCAUCAACCGAUCUCCAGGAUUAUACCUAUUAUUUUGUCCCUGCUCCUUGGUUGUCUGUAAAGCUUUUGAGGUUGUUACAGUGCUAUCCACCUCCAGAAGAUGCUGCGGUACGUGGUCGUCUCACAGAAUGCCUGGAAACUAUCCUUAACAAAGCUCAAGAGCCACCAAAAUCUAAGAAAGUGCAACACUCAAAUGCAAAGAAUGCUGUGCUAUUUGAGGCAAUAAGCUUAAUUAUACACCAUGACAGUGAGCCAAACCUGCUAGUCCGUGCCUGUAACCAACUAGGUCAGUUCUUGCAGCACCGUGAAACUAAUCUGCGUUAUCUAGCACUGGAAAGCAUGUGCACGCUUGCCAGCUCUGAAUUUUCCCAUGAAGCCGUAAAAACUCAUAUAGAAACAGUUAUCAAUGCAUUGAAGACCGAAAGGGAUGUGAGUGUAAGACAAAGAGCAGUAGACCUCCUGUAUGCCAUGUGUGACCGAAGCAAUGCCCAGCAGAUUGUGGCUGAAAUGCUAAACUACUUGGAGACUGCUGAUUAUUCCAUUAGAGAAGAAAUUGUGCUGAAGGUUGCAAUUCUAGCUGAGAAGUAUGCAGUGGAUUAUACCUGGUAUGUGGAUACAAUCUUGAAUUUGAUUCGUAUUGCUGGGGACUACGUCAGUGAAGAGGUGUGGUACAGAGUUAUUCAGAUUGUGAUUAACAGGGACGAUGUGCAAGGAUAUGCAGCAAAGACAGUCUUUGAGGCCCUUCAGGCACCAGCAUGCCAUGAAAAUCUGGUAAAAGUAGGUGGCUACAUCCUGGGAGAAUUUGGAAAUCUAAUAGCUGGUGACCCAAGAUCCAGUCCUCUGAUUCAGUUCAACUUGCUGCACUCCAAGUUUCAUCUGUGUAGUGUCCCCACCCGUGCACUGCUUCUGUCUACCUACAUCAAGUUCGUGAACCUAUUUCCAGAAAUCAAAACUACCAUUCAAGACGUACUGCGCAGUGACAGUCAGCUGAAGAAUGCUGAUGUUGAGCUACAGCAGAGAGCAGUUGAAUACCUGAGGCUCAGUACCAUUGCUAGUACUGAUAUCUUGGCAACUGUGCUAGAAGAAAUGCCUCCAUUUCCAGAGAGGGAGUCAUCCAUUCUGGCUAAGCUGAAGAAGAAGAAAGGUCCUGGCACAGUUACUGACCUAGAAGAGAUCAAAAAGGAGAGGAACUCUGAUGUGAAUGGAGGCACUGAAUCCACCCCUGUUAAUGCCAGUACUGUGUCUACUCCUUCUCCAUCAGCAGACCUUCUGGGCCUCGGUGCAGCUCCUCUCACCAGCUCUGCUCCUCCACCUUCCACUACUGGCAGUUUGCUGGUGGAUGUAUUUUCGGACUCUGCUUCUGUGGUUGCACCUCUUGCUCCUGGCUCUGAAGAUAACUUUGCAAGCCCUGACCUGGCUUCAUCUGAGGUAGUUUCUGAGGAACCAGCUGAUACUGUGCAUGAUGCUGAUGAGCUUAUUCACAAGUUUGUGUGUAAAAAUAAUGGAGUUUUGUUUGAAAAUCAGCUGCUACAGAUUGGACUGAAAUCUGAGUUUCGACAGAACUUGGGUCGGAUGUUUAUAUUUUAUGGUAACAAGACUUCCACUCAGUUCUUGAAUUUUACUCCAACACUAAUCUGUUCAGAUGAACUUCAGUCAAGCCUGAACCUGCAAACAAAACCAGUGGACCCAACAGUGGAUGGGGGUGCUCAGGUGCAACAAGUUGUGAAUAUUGAGUGCAUAUCAGACUUCAUGGAAGCUCCAAUCCUAAACAUUCAAUUCAGAUAUGGGGGAACAUUUCAAAAUAUUUCAGUAAAACUACCCAUCACACUGAACAAAUUUUUCCAACCUACGGAGAUGGCCUCUCAAGACUUCUUCCAGCGUUGGAAACAACUGAGCAAUCCUCAGCAAGAAAUGCAGAACAUCUUUAAAGCAAAGCAUCCAAUGGAUACAGAGAUCACAAAGGCAAAGAUCAUUGGCUUUGGCUCUGCCCUGCUUGAAGAGGUAGAUCCCAACCCUGCUAAUUUUGUUGGUGCUGGUAUAAUACACACAAAAACUACCCAGAUUGGAUGUUUGCUGCGUCUUGAACCCAACCUUCAGGCACAGAUGUAUAGACUCACACUACGAACAAGUAAAGAAACCGUAUCUCAGAGAUUAUGUGAACUGCUGUCAGAACAGUUUUAAUAGUAACAAGAUCAGUCCAAUUUUGUUUCUCCAUUUCUGCAAUAGUUGUCCUCAUCCUGCUGCAAAUAAAUGUCUUGUACAUCAGUGUCUGAGUACUGCAACUUUACCCACCACCAACUCCCAGCCUUAAAAGGACUUGUCCCUUUCAUAUGAAAUUAAGGAUAUAAAAUGUACGGUAUAAAAUGACUUCUAGAUAUUAAAAAAAGCAUGGCUUUUUAGCUUAUGCUAUAUGAAGGGUGGGAGAGGUGUCUGUAUUAAUUGUGCUCUAUUUUUGUGUGUGUAAGAAGUUGGGCUUCUUAAAAUUUAACUAACAGGAAAUGAGCUUAGGCAAGUGUGAUAACUCUUGUGUAUUCUCAUUGAAAUGCCACUGUAAAUUGCUGGUAGCAUGGUGCUUUAGUGCCUUUACUAAGUGCACCUUUCUGCUUUGAGCUAAAAGAAACCAAAUGGAAUGUCCAGUGAUCUUAAUUCAUAUCUUUGUUGAGGGUCAGAUUGACCAAUCUGCAAUUGAUCCCACACUUCGGUUCUGGAUUAACAUAGUCAAAAGUGAUGUGAACUCAUGAAUGACGUUUCUUAAAGGUAUUGGCACCAAGUUUGUGAUGGGUAGAGAGGACAGAUUCCAGGGUAUGUUUUAAAAUCUUAAGUCGGAGCACUGCCACAUCACACAGUAGAAUAUAUUGCUUAGUCAGAGUAGCAUUAAUAUUCAGUUGACUUCUGCGGCACCUGUAAAUUCUUAGGACCAGAUUUUUGAAAAGAUUAAUAUUCUCAACAUCCCCCUUUACACUAGCUUUGAGUUCAGUUUUUCUCCUUUUUGCAACACAGGAUGCAGGAGGAAUUUUUUUUGCUUAGCAGUUAUUUAUAAUUCAAUUGAGGAAGGGGGCGGGAUGUAAGAAAUCCAAAAUGAAUUGCGUGAAAUGUCCUUCAGAGUCAGUAUUAGGUCAUUAGUCUAUACGUGUCUGUUUUUUUAUCUUGAGGAAAGCAACACCUUAACUAGUCUUGGUUUCCCUGUUCUUAGGCAAAUGGAGCGACUGAUAGGAAGGAUGUCCAUUUGGUUUCUCUGUUCCCUGUCAGAUUGUUCCUUCGUAAUGUUGAUUACAUAGUUAACACUGCAUCAGUCAUGGAGACCAGGUUAUGAUCACAUGAUGCUGCAACACAAAAAGGGUGGGAAGAAAUCAUUCUAUCUGAUUCUCAAGGCACAACAUGUCCAUCUGACUUUUUUUUUAAAAAUGAAGUACAAGAUCUAAUUUUAGACAAUAUUUUCUCAGUUAACAUUUUAUUGUUUAAUCAUGUGACCAAAUUGCCGGGCAGUGAACAAUUAAUACUUGUACAAUUCCUUCUCUGCACUGCAGAGAAGCAUAGUAGUGGUGAAAAGAAUCUCCUACAGUCAUAUCAUGUAUGUGUGUUGGUUUCUUUUGAGGUUGGGAGUAGAAAGGCUGUAAUGUUCAGCUUUUACAGUGGUUUUCCUGACUCUAUGCAUUAAUAGCUCAUUGUUCUACAAGAGCAAAGAUUUGCAUCUCCUCUGAAGAAAUCAAUUAAACAUAAUUAUCUUGUUUACAUCCUUCAGACUUUUUCGAUGCACCAAAGGUUACCUAAGCAGAUCAAGCUCUGCAGUUAGGACAGGCUGGGAAUUAGCAGCUGUCAACAGUAGGGAUGUGUGGGACAGAUUUAAUACAAAGGAGCAUGUCUGCCAACACUGGAGUCAAAAGUUACAAGCAACCUCUCAUAUUCAAACUGUAAAAUUUCUCUGAGAUUAUAUAUAUCUAUAUCUUUGAGACAUACUGUCCUACAAAUGUACAUACUGUAACCAAGCACACCCUUACUAUGUGGCUUGAAAUGCAGUACUAGUAAGAUGCUGGAACUGCACACUAAAUGAGGCUUCUGUUGCCAUGCAGCACAAUGCACUUGUGAGGAAUUGGAUGCUGCAUGACUAAACAUGCCUUGUGACUUCUUACUUUUUAGAUGACUUAGGCAAUGGAACUGGACAGCUAUUAACUUGGUUCAGUCAAGGACCAGUGAUGUAUUUUGAAUGUAAGUUAAAAACGAAAGACAAAAUCCUUCAGAAGUGACUAGUGAUUGUGGAUUGGGUGCCUAAGUUGAGAUUGCUUACAGGGGCCAGAUUUUCUGACAGUGUUGAGCACCCUUCGUCUGAAAAUCAGGCCCCUUUAGGAUGUUCCGAGUUGGGCACCAACAAAUGAUUGGCCAUUCUUUAAAAACAUUGACAUCUCCUACAAACAAGUUUGGCUAGGUAAACUGAAGUACUGUACUAAACUACCUUCUGAAUUUGGCAAUUAAAAAUAACAGACAGUAACUAGGGCCAAUUAAGUCCCAAAUAACCCUUAGUUGGGGAGUAGAGGGGUGUCCCAAGUAAGUCCUUUUAAUGGGCACAUUUUUGUACCCUUGGACCCUGUGCUAUUGUGUGCUAUAUUAUAAAAAAUUGAGAUGUUAAACCAUGCUAUGUUAAAGUGAGUGCUGCAGCAGAUGCAAGGAGAGAGCUGCUAUUUCAUUCUUCCAAAUCCCAUUGUACAUCUGUCCCUCUGGAAAUACGGAUCCUAUACCUUCAUUAAAGGACACCUGAGACACUGUUUUUGUGUACUGUUUUAGUUCACUUUGCUUUGGUUCAAGUUUUGGUGAAUUGUGUAUUAAAUGUGGGGAGGAGGAAGGAGAAGGAUUAAUGAAUGUCUUAGAAUGUUGGAUGUAUUUAAAAAAAAAAAAAGUAAUCAAGCUUUAUUCAAGUGUCCACAAUUCUGUAUUGGAUGAGAUGAUUCAGAGAGCCACACUAGCAGUGUUAUGAACAAAACUAAAGACAAAUAUUGUUUGCUUUGUGAAAUGAUGGUUGGGCAUUACCAAAGUGAUUGUAUCUUCUCUCAAGCAGUUUAUGCAGUGAAAACAGUAUUAUUGUUCAAAGUACAGUAUUAGGCAUUGACACAUGAAAAUAACUGAACAGCAGGACAGAAUAUUGUGCACUUUUUGAUCUACACUCCAGUGUGUAACAUUUAUCGUGAUCAUUUCAUUUGUAUAAAUCAAAAGAAAAUUCUGGCAAAUUGGAGGAUUUUCUUUAUUAUGACUAUAUAGAAGAUUGAAAAGAAAUAAAUGCAUCAAAAGAACUAUGUUACCUUGAAACGAAAAAUAAAUGGUUAGAGCAGUAACCUACUAAAUUUA